AGCAGGUGGCUGAACAGUAUGAAACCAGUCAUGUACCCCCUUCCACUUGCUUCGUGUAAACAAAGUCGACGGGGUCCGUGGACCAGGACGAGCCCCCAUAAUCUCAUGACAGACUGGUGCCUGAUGGGGGCACUGGGCCUUGCCCUCCUCUUCAGCCUGGUCUCGAGCCAGAAGAUGGACCCUUCCAAACACCCCAUAGUCACCACCAACUAUGGCAAACUCAGAGGCAUCAAGAAGGACUUAAACAACGAGAUCCUUGGCCCUGUGGAGCAGUACCUCGGCGUUCCCUACGCCACCGCGCCAAUCGGCGACCGCCGCUUCCAGCCGCCUGAAGCUCCGGGAUCCUGGCAGGAGAUUCGCAACGCCACCCAGUUUGCCCCCGUGUGCCCUCAGAACGUCCACGGUGUGCUGCCGGAGAUUAUGCUGCCCGUGUGGUUCACAGACAAUCUGGACGUGGCAGCCGGUUACAUCCAGAACCAGAGCGAGGACUGCCUCUACCUCAACGUCUACGUGCCCACGGAGGAUGGUCCGCUCACAAAAAAACACGAUGAAUCUUCAAUGAACAAGCCUCGAGACGAAGACAUUCGUGACCGCAGGAAGAAGCCGGUGAUGCUGAUCGUGGUGACCAUGAACUACCGGCUGGGCGUGCUCGGCUUCCUCAGUACCGGCGAUCAAUCCGCCAAGGGGAACUACGGCCUGCUUGACCAGAUUCAGGCACUGCGUUGGCUCAACGAGAACAUCGGCCACUUCGGCGGAGACCCAGAGAGGAUCACCAUCUUCGGCUCUGGAGCUGGGGCAUCCUGCGUCAACCUCCUCAUUCUUUCGCACCACUCAGAAGGUCUGUUCCACAGGGCCAUAGCCCAGAGUGGAACAGCAAUCUCCAGCUGGUCUGUCAACUACCAGCCCCUCAAGUACACCAAGAUCUUGGCCAGGAAGGUGGGCUGCACAUACACAGAGACAGCUGACCUGGUUGACUGUCUGAGGCGCAAGAACUUCAGGGAGCUGGUGGACCAGGACAUCCAGCCAGCCCGCUACCACAUUGCCUUUGGCCCAGUGGUGGACGGAGAUGUGGUGCCCGAUGAUCCCGAGAUCCUCAUGCAGCAGGGGGAGUUCCUCAACUAUGAUAUCUUAAUAGGAGUGAAUCAAGGAGAGGGGCUGAAGUUUGUGGAUGACAGUGAGGACAAUGACGGCAUCUCAGCUGCAGCAUUUGACUACACCAUCUCCAACUUUGUGGACAACCUCUAUGGAUACCCUGAGGGUAAAGACAUCCUGAGGGAGACCAUUAAGUUCAUGUACACAGAUUGGGCAGACAGAGACAACGGUGACAUGCGGAGGAAGACCCUGCUAGCUCUGUUUACAGACCACCAGUGGGUGGCGCCAGCAGUGGCCACCGCCAAACUCCAUGCCGAGUUCCAGUCCCCAGUUUACUUUUAUACGUUCUAUCACCACUGCCAGACUGAGACGCGACCGGAAUGGGCCGACGCCGCACAUGGAGAUGAAAUACCAUAUGUGUUUGGUGUGCCCAUGAUUGGUGCCACAGACUUGUUCCCAUGCAACUUCUCCAAGAAUGAUGUGAUGCUGAGUGCUGUAGUGAUGACCUACUGGACCAACUUCGCUAAGACUGGGGACCCCAACCUGCCAGUCCCUCAGGAUACCAAAUUCAUUCACACCAAGCCCAACCGCUUUGAAGAAGUCAUCUGGACCAAGUUUAACUCAAAGGAUAAGCAGUACCUCCACAUUGGGUUGAAACCUCGUGUCAGAGACAACUACAGGGCAAACAAGGUGGCCUUCUGGUUGGAAUUAGUCCCCCAUCUCCAUAGUUUACAUGAGGAGCUCUUCCCAACCACGACCCGAUCACCACCAGGUCCUGGCUCUGGCACCCACAGACCCUGGCCCAAACCACCAGGGCCUCGCACCACUCGACAUCCUUACCCUACUUUCCCCCCUGACCCUGAGCCCGAGGGUUCAGAGCGUCCACGCCAGGACCUCUUCCCUGGAGACACCCGGGACUACUCCACUGAGCUGAGUGUGACGGUUGCUGUGGGGGCGUCACUCCUCUUUCUCAACAUCCUGGCCUUUGCUGCCCUUUACUACAAGCGUGACAAGCGGCAUGAGAUGCGACGCCACCGACUAUCUCCUCAGCGCGGUGGCCCUGCCAAUGACCUGGCUCACAGUCAGGAGGAAGAGAUCAUGUCCUUACAGAUGAAGCACUCGGAACAUGACGCUCACCAUGACAUGGAGCCCCUUCGGCCCCAUGACAUCCUACGGCCCGCCUGCCCGCCUGACUACACACUGGCACUGCGACGUGCCCCUGACGACGUACCACUGAUGACACCUAACACCAUUACCAUGAUCCCCAGUACCAUCACCAGCAUGCAGCCUCUCCAUGCCUUCAACACCUUCCCUUCCACCGGCCACAACAACACCCUUCCCCACCCCCACUCCACCACCAGGGUAUAG